UAUUCACCGGAAAUGCCCCCAUAGCGAAGAAUCCAAAAGCCCAGUGAAGAAUCCGACUUCAAAAAUAAAUGAUCCUCCCUCCCUCUCAAAUCAUGGAGGACCUCUCUAUCUACUUCAUCUGAAGGAGGGACAACUCCUCUGCUGGAAACUCCAUGACGUUGCCCUAAGUGCCCCACUUUUCCUCUCCUCUUCAACAAAUGACCCCAUCCCCAUCUCGGAAACCCCCUUCCGGUGGCAAAGACGACGACGAAACCGCCUCUACAUCGCUCUCCGGCCGUGCGGCGAUGAGGAUAAUUGUACCCUUACAAGGCAUUGCACAUGGCCGCAGCGGCCUAGUGCUCGGCUCGGUCAUCCCAUGUGCUUUGUUCUACCUCUUUCAGCUCUAUUUUCGGCGUAAAAAAUCCUCUUCUUCCCCGUCUCCGUCCCCGUCUCCCUCCUCCGGCGACCUUUAUGCGCUCCCUGGAAUCUCAAGAACUCCGUCUCGCAGUCUUAUUUCGCCUCGCACUAGCUCAGUACAUGCCCCGUUAUCUUCUCGCGCUGCGGUUGUCAACAAGUCGGGUGCUUGUCGCCUUGCCGCCGGCCUUCGGCGGUGUCUUGACGAUCCCUAUCAUCCGACCUCAAAUCCUGAUGGUGUCAUUCAACUUGGCUUGGUUGAAAACCAGCUGUCUGUGGACCUUGCACGGGACUGGCUGGAGAGGAAUGUAAAGGCAUUUUUGCUAGAAGAAGCAAGGAGUGAUCUGGGCUUAGGCGGUAUGGAAACUUCAUUGCAGUAUGAUGGUUUGUUGGAUUUGAAGAUUGCUGUAGCUGGUUUCAUGCGACAAGUUCUGCAAGGGUCUGUUUCAUUUAGUCCAUCACAGAUGAUAUUAACAUCUGGUGCCGCCUCUGCAAUGGAGACCCUCUGUUUCUGUUUGGCAGACCCAGGAAAUGCAAUUCUUGUUCCUUCCCCAUACGACCCUGUAUAUGACAGGAAUCUUAAAUGGAGAACUGGUGUGGAUUUGAUCCCGGUUCCUUGUCGCAGCACUGAUAACUUCAACAUAAGCAUUGCUGCUCUUGAAAGAGCUUAUAAUCAAGCAAAGAAACGUGGGAUUAAGGUCCGUGCUAUCCUCAUCACAAAUCCUUUAAAUCCUGCAGGAAAUAUAUUAAGAAGGGAUGUACUCUACAACUUGCUACAAUUCACUACUGACAAAGAUAUCCAUUUGAUUUCUGAUGAACUGUUUGUUGGAUCAGUCCAUGGAGACAAAACUCUCAUAAGUGUUGCAGAGAUUCUAGAUACAGUAGAUUUUGACAAGUCCAGGGUUCAUAUACUAUAUAGGCUUUCUGAAGAUCUCUCCCUUCCAGGUUUUCAUGUAGGAGUCAUUUACUCCUUAAAUGAAAAUGUCUUGGCUGCUGCUGCAAAGUUUGCAAGAUAUUCUUCCAUCUCCCUGCUUGAUCAACGUGUGCUUGUAUGGAUGCUAUCAGAUGUGCCGUUCAUUUCAAAACUCCUUUGGCUAAUUGGGACGAGAGUUAAGAAUAUGCAUCAUUUGUUUGUCCUAGGCCUGAAAGGUCUGUCUAUUAACUGCGCUAAUGGUACUGGGGGAUUGAAUUGUUGGGUGGAUAUGAGCAAAUUCCUUAGGUCAUACAGUGAGAAAGGGGAGCUUGAAAUGUGGGAGAAGCUGCUGGAUAUAGCUAAGAUUAAUGUAACACCUGGAUCAUCCUGCCACUGCAUUGAACCUGGAUGGUUUUACUUUUGUUUUAAAUCAUUGUCUGAAACUGAUGUUGAUGUGGUUAUUGAAAGGAUUAGGAGAGUUAUUGGAGGGCAUAAAGGUCAUCAUUGAUCGGAUACUUGGUUGUCUCUGCAUUCUGCCUGCAAACCCAAUAUUUGUUCAUAACUUUGAAUCUGUAAAACAGUUUGCGAGAUUGUGAAGGCAGUUUAACUAAAAUAAUCAACAUAUUGAGCUUUGGUUGCUGUUAACUUAUGAGCAUUAGCUAAAGUAUCUACUGAUGGUUUUUGUGCCAUAUAUGUGAAACUUAUUGAUGGAUAUGCACCGCACAUGUCAGCAAGCAUUUCUGAGUCAGAAUAAAUAAUUUCUGAAACCAUUUGUUCAGAACUUCGAUGCAAGAUGAUGAUUAAACCGCUCUCUUUCUUUUGGUACAACGGGGGAUUGUGCAAGGCCAUUCUUACUGACGGAUUAGGCAUGCUUUAUUUGAAUAAAUUUAUGCUUGGGCUAAGGCAAUGGGACGUAAGGGAUUCAUAAAGGUUUGCUAGUAUUGUAGAAGCAGCAAUGUUUUCGAUACGUAUAGUCUCGAACUGUAAUUUUAUUUGCGAUGAUGAAGCAGCUUUCUUCCUGUUGGAGAGUGUUUUUUUCUUAUUAUUUCUCUAAUCUAAGAGUGGUGCUAACUGUGCUGUGACAACUGUAACUAAAAUGAGUUAUAGUAGUGGGACGGUAAAGCUGUAGUUUGAACACCGCAGUAGUCUUUUAUCAACAAUUUUGAUCUGUAAACUUUUCCAGUUUUUGUUUUUAUUACAAAGUUCUUGUAUAUUUACAUAUU